AUGGGAAGAAGGAAGGGUUCAUCAUCCCAGUUCGGCGAGCUCAGCUCUGAAGAAAAAUUUACGACAUUGUUUUAUGGGUUCAGGAGCCAAGUGAUGAGAGGAGGAGUAACUGGAGAGGGAGAAAGGGAAAGGAGGAGGGGGCCUCGUACUACUCUGACCGAUCAUCACGACGAGGAGGACGACAACGACAACGACGAAGGAGACAAGGAGGCGGAGGACGAAUGUAUUGGUAGGGCUGCCUGCAAGAGUUGCAGCCAGCCCUGUAUGCUGCAGUCCGCCCUGCUCUACCAUCCCGACAGAGGCAAUAGCACGCCCCAUCAUCAUCAUCAUCAUCCUUAUUAUAUUAUCAUUAGUUGGCAAAGUCCCGAUGAUUCGCCUACCGUACAGCAGCCUUAUUGGACUCAACAUGUUAGUCAGGCGGCCAGUGCCGCAGCUACCCAUCAAAAAGUUGCGGUUGCAGCGGCAGCUUACGAUCCGUUGCUGUAUCCUGCCCAAAAUUAUAUGAAUAAUAUGAAGAAUAUGCUUGGAGCUGCUGCGCAGUGGGUCGAAUCAUCAAGCACAUUUCCAAAUUAUAAUGCUUUACAACCGGCGUCCACAUCGCAUUUGCCGGUAAUAAGUGGUGAACGAGCGGUGCAAAUAAAGCAACCGGUGUUUCCAUGGAUGAAAAUGAGUGGUUAG